AUGUCAAGCCCUUACCACUUGUGCCCCGCAGACGACGAGUUUAUUUCCUCAAAUAAAUCAUCAUUUCGCAUAUUGAGCGCGACAAAAUCUAUCAGGGUGCAGGCCGCUACUCAUAUCGCCCUUCUUCGCCUAUACACCACCACAACAUACCGCUUAUUGACAAAGCUUUGGAGCAACCGCAUCAGAGGCAAUAUCAGAGCCAGCAAGGCGGUCCGUUAUAUCUUCGACCUCUCCUCUAGCAGACCAGUAGUAUCUGGCUUGUAUAUAGCAGUUUUAAACGAAACAAGACGGACUCACGAUCUCCCAUUCAUCUUCAGGCACACCUGA